AUGUCUUUCCGCGAACAGGGGAACGAGCAUUUCAAGGCCGGUGAAUACAAAGAAGCCGAGGCGCUCUACACUCAGGCCAUCGCCGAACACUCUCGCUCCGACCCCAAGGUCUUCGCCAACCGUGCCCUCACCCGCCUGAAACUGCAAGACUGGCCAGGCGCCGAGUCCGAUGCCAGGAAAGCGAUUGAAUUGUAUGGACCCAAGAACAAACAAGCGGCCAUGAAAUCGCAUUAUUAUCUGGCCCAAGCACUUCUGCCACAACGGCACGUCCGUGAAGCGCUGGAAGAAGCCAAAACGGCCUACGCGAUCUGUAUCGAGACCAGAGACUCCAGCGCCGAGUUGAUCGGCCAAUUCAUUCUGAAGGCGAAACAAGCCCAAUGGCAGGCGAAAGAGACGGCGCGGCUGAGAGACUUGAACGAGACCCUGGCCCUAGUGGAAGAUCUGUUGAAUCAACAGCUACAGCGCGACGUUCAGAGUGUGGAAGAACGGUUUGCCAAAGGGGAGAUUGGCGAGACCGGAAAACGGGAAGAGAUCGAGGAGUUCGAGAAGGAGACAGAGAGCAGGCGAAGUAUUGUCCGCAAAGCAUUCCAAGAUCCUAGCAAUCCGGAAUCAAUGGAGAGAGUCGUUCCGGACUGGCUGAUCGAUCCUAUCACGUUUGAAGUCAUGCACGACCCCGUCGUCACGCCGACUGGCGUCUCUUUCGAACGUGUCAGUCUGCUCAAGCACAUCAAGCAGACUGGCUUGGAUCCGUUGACCAGACUACCUAUAAGACCCGAUCAAUUGAUCCCCAACGUUGCUUUGAAGAACGCCUGCAAUGAGUUUUUGGAGAAAAACGGCUGGGCGGUCGACUGGUGA